AUGAUUAAAAGAUGGAUAUUGGAAGAUGAGGAUGGUGAUUAUGACGAUGAGCUUGGCUUGUUUGAUGUGGCCACUGAGAGAGUGAGUCAUCGAACAGAUAGAGGAGCAGGAUGGCGUUAUGUUCAACAGCUUAUGUAUGAAUCUGAUCAGCAGUGCUAUGAUAUUCUUCGGAUGCAUCAGAGAACUUUUAAAGCUUUGUGUAAGUUGCUAACUGAGCAAUAUGGAUUGAAAGAGUCUCACAACGUCUACCUUGAGGAAUCUGUUGCAAUGUUUCUUGAGGUUGUUGGUCAAGACAAGACUAAGCGGGUUAUUGCUUCAAGGUAUCAAAGAUCAUUGGAUACGGUACAAAGGAAGCUUGAUGAUGUCUUGUGUGCUCUUCUCAAGUUUGCAGCAGAUACACUAAGACCACAAGAAGGCGAGUUUGAAAGAGUAAGUCCUGUUGUGAGGAAUGAUCGUCAGUAUUGGCCUCAUUUCAAAGAUUGUGUCGGAGCACUUGAUGGAACGCAUGUCCCGGUUCGUCCUCCAAGUCAGAAUGCAGAAGCCUAUAAUGGUAGAAAAUGA